AUGGUCACCACUCGAUUCAAGAAGUAUUCAUCCGGUAUCUCCUCCUCCAAAAUCCCUUCGACUUCUUGCAGUUCAGAAGCAAUGGAUCCCACAGCUCCGAAGUCGACAACUUCCUCAAAAGAGAAACGGUACAAAGGAAUUCCGUCUAAGCAUCCGUAUAAGAAGGUACGCAAAUCCAUUCCGUCGGGUGAGUACAGUACGAUUUCCAGUCCUGCACAUAGCUCCUAUGCAGAGCGAUCGGCAAAUCCUCCGUCGCCAGUUACAGUUAAGGAAGAAGUUCUUGAAUUCUCCUCACCCCAGAGUGUUCGUCGUUCUGUAUCUUCGUCAGUUCCAAAGUCGCUCUCGAGGCCUGAACCGAGGGUUUCUGUGAAAACUGUGGUAUUAGACUCUGACUCAUCAGACAGUGACGACAAUGUGAUCCUAUCUACUCUUCUUCACCGAACAAGAAGCGCUCGUAGCAAUCAAACUACCUCUCCCGCUAAACCUCAGGCAAGUGGUGGUGUGUCUCCUAAGGUAGCGCUGCCUCGACCUAGUGAGCAUACUAAGUACUCCGGUACUCCAUCAUCCCAGGCCUCUCCCAAGACUGCUCCACCCGGUGAAGCGGAUGUUGAAGAUGAUGAUUCAGAUGAUGAAGACUAUGCUCCAGGGACAGAAGAAAAGACAGAGACGGAAACCACGUCCACGUCGACUGAAAACCAUAGUGCAUCUCCUGAAAAGGACCCAUCUGAUCACCGAUCAACUGAAGAAUCGGGCGAGUCCUCAAUCCCUAGGUCAACUGAAGGACCAAGUGAGUUUUCAACCCCUGUGUCCACUUUUCACUCUGAGGAAGGAGCACACAAAUGGAAAUAUGUGGUUAAACGGCAAAUUGCGGAUGAGGCUAAUAUUGCUGACCGAUACAACUUUUCCCCGGCCAUACUAGAACUGAUACGCAAUGUCGGACAUAUUUGUACUGUCUUUGAGGUACAUAUUCGUGGUGUGUGCUUCAACGUGUCUCCUGAGCUUUUGAACUCUUAUCUUGGUAUCACUCUGCCUGCUGAUUAUGCGGUUUCGUAUCCCACUCCUGAACGACUGGCUGAGGAACUUAUGGGUGAAACAUUCCUUGUAUGGCCAGUUGAUGGGCAGCUAUCAGUUGCCUCUCUAACGGUUAAGUAUUCAAUUCUUCAUCAAAUUGGGAUCUCUAAUUGGAUUCCGUCUACGCAUGCCUCCACUAUUUCGACAUCGCUGGGUCACUUUGUCUACCUUGUGUGCACUAGGUCAACCAUUCUGACUCCUCUGGAUAUUGUAGGUUCAGCACCUCGGGUUAUACCGCUCAGUAUGCACCUGUUUCAAGGGACUCACUUUCAGGAUGUUGCUACUGAGUUUGACAAUGCUCCAGGCGGAACCAGUACUCCUGCUGCCUCACAACCUGCGGUUGACCAUCCUGUGACUCUCUCUGUAUCACUUGCCAAUCGGCUGCUGCAAGCCCUUAUUGCUGAAUCUCGUGCUCUCACCCGUCAAAUAAGUGAGCUAACUGAUCGCCGCAUUGUAUUGGAUGCUGUCAUCCAUGACCUUUGA